AUGGCCGCCUACAGCCGCGGGGUGCGCGUGGGCAACUGGAGCGAGGACGCGGCGCUGGCGGAGGAGCUCCUGGAGGAUUUUCGGCGGAAGAAGGAGCGCGGAGAACUUCUAAUACAGAGGUCCAAGAAACUUCGGGAUAAUCUCCUAAGGAAGGUGAAACUGUCACUCCCUAAGGAUGGAUUUGUUCAUUUUGGAGACACUGUGAUGCUUCUGAGCCCAGAUAACAACAAAUCUUCGAUGGAGAAUUACCCCGGAGUGUGCGGCAAGCUGGCGCUGGCCGUCGAUCUGGAUGAGAUUGCCAUGUUUUCGGCCAAAUCGCUGCAAGCUCCCUGUGGAGUUAGUGCAGUCAAAAGCACGGACCCUAUUGGUCGAAACACUUUUUGUAUCUUAAGUGUUGAUGGAGGUUCAGUGGGUGAACCCGUUAAAUUUGGACAAAAAUUUGGUCUUGGGGCAGCAGGAGGGUUUUCUGAUCAAAUGCUAUAUCUAGCAAGUGACCAUAAAUCAUUUCUGAGAUUUGCUAAAAAAUCUUACCUUCAGCAAGUGUUUUUGACAGAUGAACUUUCUUAUUUGACUCACUGGCAUGCAACAUUCCUGGAUCCACAGCUGCGUCUUGAAUAUGAAGGAUUUCCAGUUCCUGCGAACUCUAACAUUAUUAUUACUCAUUGCCAUACUAAUCGGAGCUUGGCUGUUCCAAGGAACUUUUGGAUAAGAUCCUAUUUUGGGAUGGAAUAUGAAGUGGUUUGUCACACCUAUCUGAACUCUCAUAAAGUUGAAGAAGAUAAGAAUUACUGGGUAAUAGUUACAGGAAAUCCCAGUGAUGAGGAAAGUACUAUGAUUGAUAGACCCGACCCUUGCUCAAGGGGGAUCAAAAAGAAGAAUGAGUUUCAUGAAGAGACACAGAAUGUAAACAUCUCAGAUUAGAACCUACAAAGGUUGAUGAGAUUGAUUCCUAUUUCCUGUUUAGAUUUUAACUCUAGAGAUGUUUAUUUUACAAACAAAAAUGAAAGUCUACCCUUAGUAAUAUAAUAAUCUCAUUAACUCAUUAGGGUUGUAUAGUGAGCAAAAAUUAUCCAAUAAAAGUAGAUGAAGCAUGCACAACCUCAAAAGUGCAUGAAUCAAGAAGGGCUCAUUUUCCCUUUUUCACAUUCACUGAUGCCAAAAGAUGUCAGAAUCCACUGAAUAUAUUUGCAAUAAAUUACUGGCCUUCAGAGAUAUUUAGCUAAUUCUUCCAAAACCAAACCCAUAUCUCCUUUUUUAAAAGCAUGAGCAUAUACUAAAAAGCAGAAUCGUGCCAGCUGUCAUGGAUACUUUGACAUUCAGAGGUUAUCCAAGAGAACGUUGGUUUUUGAACUUGCUCCAUGAUAUGUCUAGCACAAUGUUACCAAUUAAAUCACAAUUGAGGUCUCAAUAUUUCAAAAUUGGCUUCACAUUCAUGAGAAUUAAAAUAAAGGUAUAAAUUGAGUUUCUUUACCUUUGUCCAUGCAUUUUAAACUUUUAAGUGCUACAUACCCUGAACACUUGACCACAGUGAUGCAGACUGAGAAUUUUGAUUACCUUUUCCAUAGUCAUAAAGCUUGUAUAACCAUGCUCCGUUUGCCUCCCACCCUCAGAAUUUUUCAAUCUGUAAUAGUUUCAGCCAAUUUUGACAGCAAGGUAGAAUUCCCAAAGAAAAGAAAGCUUCUGCAAGUUCAAUGAAAAUAACAUGCCAAGGUAGGAAAGGAAUGAGAGAUCCUGUAAGUUUGUCCAAUUAAAAAAAAAAAAAAAAAAAAAAAGAUUAAAGUCCAUGUUCAUUCCUAGUUAGAGACCAGAGAAUCCACAUGAAAGAAAAAUAUUAUAAAUGGCUUAAGCAUGGGAAAAAUUUCAGCUGGAACUUGCAUUUUCUUAAACACCAAAAUCAGUCAAGCAGGAGACACAAAGACAGGGAAAACAGAUACCAUUACUUUCUAGAGCUACCUGUCUUUAUAUGGAAGCUGAAACUGUAUCAUCAGGAAUCUUCUUAAAGUAUAGAAUUCUAUUACAUCCCUUUAAUAAAUUUGCAUGUAUCUGUUCCAUUUCUUACUUUAUCAUCACUGUAAAGGAACAGCAGACUGUGCACAUCAAGUUAAGUAAGGGAAUUUCUGAGUAAAAUACUACACAGAUCUCCAUUCCCGCAAAGGAUUCCAAAGGUCUUAUUAAGGUCAAACAAAACUUUUGAAGUUUUACUGAAACAAAAAUAUUAAACUUUCACAAAGGAAGAGACUGAUCCAAACAUGUGAUGACUUCAAACUUUGUUCCAGAUAGUCUAUCUGUUUCAAACCUGCUGGCAAGACUUUAAAAGUGUUUGCCUUUAGUCAAUAUAAAUUAAUUCAGCAAACUCAGAACAGCCUAACCAGCACUUGCCUACAGGGUCUCAGAGCACAAAACCGAUUACAGUUCUAUAAGAUACAGCUUUACGGUGGAGGAAUCACAGAACAUUUUUGAGUCACGCUCUUAGCGUAUGAUCUUUGAUAGAAGUGUUAUUGAUGAGGUUAUGCUAUUCUGAAUCUGGCAAACAAGAAGAGGCCUUAAACUAGAACCACUGCUAAAACAAAGUUUCAUGUGGAUUCAUGCAGGAAUGAGAACUGGGUGGGCAGGGAGCUUGGCUGGCAAAUGUGGAUAGGAGUGUUUGUGAGUGUGUGCGUGUGAAGGGGGGAGAGAAGCACAACAGGUUUUGCACAGUCUUAGAACAAAAUCGGAGACGAACAGAUAAAGAAAUGAGUGCAAAAAUAAACAGGUGCUGAUUAAAUGUGAAUUGAAGCCUCGGGUCUUUUUUUUUUGAUCAUUCUACAUUUGGGGGAAAUAAAUGAAAUUGUUGGAAAAAUGCUGUGUUAUUUUGCUGUUGGAAAAUAA